AUGGAUACGAUCCACCUGGGGAGGCACCUCCAGACGACCCAGCCCUCAGAGCCGGUCACCUUGAUGCUGACAGCGGGCAGCAGGGCGAAGAGGACACUGCACUGCCAGGCCCAGCGCCUGGCCUCCGCCUUCUCCUCCUCCCUCAAUGGCUCUGUCUUCCACAUCGACGAGGUCAGCAAGGCCGACCAGGACGGCGACAGAGUCAAGCGGGACAUCGACGGCCAGCUGCAAAAAGCCUUUGAGUGGGACCAGCCUGUGGCCGUCAUCCACCAUUUCGAUGAUCUGCCCCCAGGCUCCACACUGAUCUUCUACCGCUACUGCGACCCCGAGAACGCCUCCUACAAGAAAGCAUUGCUCAUUUUCACCGUGCUUCUAGAGGAGAAGGAAAAGCUGCCAGCCAGUCUGAUCGAUGUGGAGGAAAUGGUGAAAGACUACCUCCAGAAGAGGUUCCUCGACUCCAACUACCCAGCUGCCUACAACAUGUUAGACCUGGACAAGUUCAGUGGACUAUGGAGCCGCAUCUCCCACCUUGUCCUGCCGGUGGCACUAGAGUUGAGGAUAGAACCACAAAACAACCUGAAAUCUUUUUCACAGAUUCUUCAUAGUAGUGCAAUUAUUAUCAUCAUAUAG